CCAGAGACUUCCAGUUUUUGAACACCACACUGUUCUUACCUACUGGCCCUCCACCCCACACACACGAAAAGAGAGAAGCACAGAAGCCAUGUCCCCUCUGCGUGUACCCUUAUUGGCCAUACUGGUCAGUAUGGCCCUGUGCCAGUAUUAUGACUAUGACUACCAGCCCGUUUCCAUGCUAGGACCAUCAGGGCCCAACUGUAAUCAAGAAUGCGAGUGCCCAAUCAACUUCCCCUCCGCCAUGUAUUGUGACAGCCGCAAGCUCAAGUUUUUUCCCAUAGUCCCAACAGGGAUCAAGUACCUGUACCUCCAGAACAACCAGAUUGAAGAGAUCAAGGCAGGAGUGUUUGAUAAUGUUACUGCUGAACUUCGCUGGCUUGUACUUGACAACAACCAGAUCACCAAUGCUAAGAUAGCAAAGGGAACAAUCGACAAACUCACUGCCCUGGAGAAGCUAUUCUUCAGCCAUAACAACCUCACAGAGCCAGUCAUCCCUCCCUCAAAGUCCCUUGAUGAGCUGAAGAUAAUGUACAAUAAGUUGUCCAAGUUCCCCUCUGGACUCUUGAAUGACAAAGAAAAUUUGACCUCCAUCAACCUUCAGCACAAUCAGCUAACCUCUGAUGCCAUCACAGGGGCAUUCAAAGGGCCGAAGAAGCUGCUGUCCCUGGAUGUGAGCCACAAUAAGCUGAAGAAGCUGCCAGCCGGUGUCCCCAGUUCACUGGAAAUCCUCUAUGCUGACUACAACGACAUUGACGGCGUCGGAGCCGGAUACCUGAACAAGCUGCCCGCGCUGCAGUACCUAAGGCUCUCCCACAACAAGCUGGUGGACAGCGGCAUCCCUGCUGGUGUGUUCAAUGUGACAUCACUGGUGGAGCUGGACCUGUCCUUCAACAAGCUGCAGUCCAUCCCUGAGAUCAACGUGCAGCUGGAGCAACUCUACCUCCAGGCCAAUGAGAUCACCAAGAUUGACCUGUCAAGUUUCUGCAAGUACAUUGAUCCCGUGAACUUUUCCCGUCUGAAGCAUCUGCGUCUGGACGCCAACAAUGUCUCGCAUAGCAACAUGCCCCCUGACGCCUCCAACUGCCUGCGCCAAGCUUCAGAUAUCAUGUUCGAAUAAGGACCUCCCUCAGAUCUAUGACAUCCUGAAGCCCCCCCCCC